AUGUAGGAAUAAACUCUUGUGAAUUAUACUUUAGGAAAUACAAUAGGAGAAGGUACAUUUGGAAAAGUAAAAAUAGGCACUCAAUUGUAGACUGGUGAAAAAGUUUAAAAAUAUUUCAUACAAUUAGGUAGCAGUGAAAAUAUUGGAGAAAGCAAGAGUUUAAGAUGAAAGCGAUGUUUGUCGUAUUGCAAAAGAGAUUGAUAUUCUUAAGAAAAUACGGCAUCCACAUAUAAUAUAGAUUUAUGAAAUAAUAGAUACAGCAAAAGAUAUAUAUUUAAUAAUGGAAUAUGCAAGUGGAGGAGAAUUAUUUGAAUAUAUAGUAAAGAAUCGUAAAGUGCCAGAGAAAUAAGCAUGUAAAUUUCUACUAUAGAUUCUGUCAGGAGUUGAGUAUAUACAUAAGAUAGGAAUAGUACAUAGAGAUUUGAAACCAGAAAACCUUUUAUUUGACUAAAACUAGAAUAUAAAAAUAGUAGAUUUUGGAUUAUCAAAUACUUAUAAACCAAAUGAAUUAUUAUAGACAGCAUGUGGAAGUCCUUGUUAUGCUGCUCCAGAGAUGAUAUAAGGAUUGAAAUAUUCAGGUUACUUAAUAGAUAUUUGGAGUUGCGGUAUAGUAUUAUAUGCAAUGCUUUGUGGAUUCUUACCUUUUGAAGAUUAGAAUACAAAUUAAUUAUAUAAGAAAAUUAUAGCUGGAGAAUUGACAUUUCCAAAAUGGUUAUCUAAUGAUGCUAAAGAUUUACUCAAAAAUAUAUUAAAUACAGAUCCUAAAAAAAGAUUUACAAUUCCUUAAAUUAAAAAUCAUAAAUGGUCAAAAUAAGCAAGAAUAGAAGAAUAAUAUAAUCUUAUAGGACAUGAAAAUAUUAUUGUUGAUGAAAUUUUAGUUGAACAAUUAAAAACAUUAUAUGGAGUAGAUCCAAUAAUAUGUAGAAAAAAAGUUAAAAAAAAUAGACAUGAUCAUAUUACAACUCUUUACUAUUUAUAGAUCUAAAAAAAUAAAAGGAAUAGAAUAUUUAAUUAUUAUAAAAAAGAAUCUGAUGAUACUUUAGUUUAAUCUUCAGGAUUAAAUAUAUCUAAUCCUGAUUCUAUUUAUAAUAAUUAAUCAAAACAUAAAUAACAUACAAGUAAUGGCUAAUCUCCUUAGCAUAGACAUAUCACAUCUAUAAAUAAUACAAGAUAAUAAUCUCCAUCCCCAUAAUAAUUAAAAUAAAAUAUUACUAGACCUGAAUCACCUAAAUAAACUAUUCUUUUAUUAAAAAGAGAUAUUGUAAGGAGACCUUUUAAUAAACCUUUAGUCCCACCAUAAAUGAAAAUCAUUACUCAAGUUGUUAAUAAUUCAAUAUCUAGUGUUGGUACUAGUGGUAAUACUCCUAUUUCUACUAAUAGAAAAUAAACUGAAGAUUCCUUCUCUAAUGAUUAAAAUAAAACUAAAGUAAUCUAUUAUUAAAGACUAGUUUACAGGAAGAAAUCGGGCUACCAGUGCUAUCUCUGAAUAUAAUGUUUCUAUUAAACCUAAAUAACCAAUAUUAAAACUACAUAAAGGUGCAUUUAAUUUAAAAUGUGCUACUAACAGAGAUCCUGAUAAAUUAGUUGAAGAUAUUAAAAAAUCUAUGAACAAAUUACAAAUCAAAAUAUUAUAAGUAAUAUAUAUUCUUAUCUUAUAGUAACAUGAUCCUUAUGAUAUUCUAUGUUAAUUUAAUCUCAACAUUAAAUUUGAAAUAUCUAUAAAUUAGAUUUAUAAUUGUGAUAAUUUAUACUUAUUAAAAGGUCAUCAUUUAAGUGGAGAUUGGAAUGUUUAUUAGGAUACUUUGAACAAACUUAUUUAAUUGUUACAAUUUUGA